UAUCUACAGUCCAUCGUCUCACGUUUUAAAAUCGGCAUACUCUGUUCUAUUCGUCAGUCUAAGUUUUCAUACCAGUUAGUUAACAUGGCCAGUAAAGUCGUAUCUGUUCUCUUCUCUAUUAUUCUAGCCACCAUUUUGGUAGCCGUGAAUUCUGCUAACGAUGGUAUCAACCGCGAAAUCCAGUCCUGUGUUAAUCAUACAAUGGAGUGUAAUCCCGAACUAAGUGAACCAUGCUGUGAUUCAAGUACCACUUGCAAACUAAUAAACAAUGUCUUCAAGACAAAUACAGUCAAAUUUUUCUGCUACAAAACAAUAAGCAUUGGCGAAGCGUGUGAAGAUGACGACUUCGACUGCACUGAAGACAACUUUGCUCGCUGUAACAGCAAGAAUAUCUGCGAGUGCGACAAUCGAUUCACGAAAAACAAUGAAACUUGCGAGCCAACUUUGUCGGCGUACUGCAAAGAGGACAAUCACUGCAGAGUAGAAAAUUCAAACUGUCGUGAUGGUUUCUGUAAUUGCAAACCCAAUUACAAACCAAACGAAGCGUCGACAAAGUGUUUACCAGAUUUUUUAUAAAAAUUUUAUUUACAAAAUAUUUAAAACAUUGUAUUGAAUUAUAAUUAUUGCUAAUUUUGUGUUGGUGAAGGAAAUUGACACUCGGGAAUUGUUGAUAAAGUUUGUUUCAUCUCAAUCUGAUGAAUCUGAAAAUAAAACAUUAUCAAUCAAU